CGCAUCGCAACAACCGGUGGAUGCAACACGUCUCUCGGACUCACUGGUGCUGAAGCUGCGCGCACUCGGAAGAUUCCAGCAUUCCACAACCCAUCACAUCGACACUAUGGAUCGUGAUGCCUUUUAUCGCCUGAUGAAACUUCCCUUCGUUUUGUUUUUCCGCUUUAACCAUCACGCUCGUGAUUUGUUCGUGCAAUUUAAUGUUCGUGGGAAUCAGUAACCUGAGGUAUUAACUCGGUUUUUUGGUAGUUAUGAUUGUCAAUUUGACUCGCGCGCAACUGCGCUCCAUAAACUGACGCUUUCAUUUAGUUGCACUCCAGCUUCACCAAAAAGCGCAGAGAGAUUUCUGGAGUGAAUCGCCUUAUAAACGCGCAACUGGAGCAGAACCAGUGCCAUGGGGCCCUUACUCUGGGAAGAGCGCCUGUCGUGUUUUCUUCUCCAUGCGUCUGUUCUCCUGCUGCUCAGCAAGGGGGAGCGGAUGUGCCCUGUGAGUUGCCGCUGCGAAGGCAAGAUUGUUUACUGCGAGUCUGGCGCCUUUCAAGACGUCCCGGAGAACAUCUCUCAAGGGUGCCAGGGUUUAUCCCUGCGGUACAACAGCAUCUUGUUGUUGCUACCUUACCAGUUUGCUCACCUCAACCAGCUGGUCUGGCUCUAUCUGGACCACAAUUCCAUCAGCGAAGUGGACAGACUGGCCUUCCAGGGACUUCGUCGGCUAAAGGAACUGAUCUUGAGCUCUAACAAGAUUGUGCAGUUGCAAAAUGGCACCUUUGAGACUGUCCCGAACCUGCGCAACCUUGACCUGUCCUACAAUCAGCUGCAGGACUUGAUACCAGGGCAUUUCCAUGGACUCCGCAAGCUUCAGAAUCUUCACCUGCGAUCAAACAACAUCAAAAGCAUCCCCGUCCGCACGUUUAUGGAGUGUCGGAGCCUGGAGUUUCUAGAUUUGGGAUACAAUCGCCUGCGGACUAUCACCCGUACGACCUUCCUGGGACUGCUCAGGCUGACAGAACUUCACCUUGAGCACAAUCAGUUUUCCAGGAUUAACUUUUUCCUAUUUCCACGCCUCUUAAACCUACAGGCUCUUUAUCUGCAAUGGAAUCGCAUACGGACUGUCGUCCAAGGUUCGCCUUGGACUUGGCACACUUUGCAAAAAUUGGAUCUAUCGGGCAACGAGAUUCAAAUUUUGGAUCCCGCUAUUUUUCGGUGUUUGCCCAAUUUGCACACUCUCAAUCUGGAGUCCAACAAGAUCAGUAAUGUGUCCCAGGAAGUGGUUUCAUCGUGGAUCUCCAUUAGCACUAUCAACCUGGCAGGAAACAUAUGGGACUGUAGCUCUAGUAUCUGCCCUCUGGUGUCUUGGCUGAGAAACUUCAGGGGAACUAGAGAUGCCAGUAUUAUUUGCAGCACUCCCAAAUCUCUUCAGGGAGACAGAGUCAUGGAGGCAGUGAGGAACAACUCGGUGUGCGAGGAGAUAUUUACCGUGGAACCGACCACGGAAUUGACACUUCUUUUGACUACUACUAUGACAACUCUUUAUGUCACAAAGCCACCCACAACCACCACUACAACCCCACGCACCACAACGAAACAGCUUUCCCAAGUUACUCACAUACAAAGACUCACCCCAAAAGUUGUAUUCCCUGUUCAGUCUGACAAAGAAUUCCGAUCACCUCUAACAGUGACGCCUAGCACCCUACCCUUCACCCCUGAACCUGAGUUUGAACAUAUGACCUUCCACAAGAUAGUCGCUGGCAGCGUUGCCCUAUUUCUCUCAGUCUCAUUAAUCCUUUUAGUGAUUUACGUGUCGUGGCGACGAUACCCUAACAGCAUGAGGCAACUCCAGCAGCACUCCAUCCGACGCAAGCGCAGGAAAAAGACUCGAGAGCCUGAACAUAACAUCAACUCGCAACUGCAAGAGUAUUACCUAAGCUACAACCAUGCCGAUGCAGAGACGAUAGACUCUUUGGUUAACGGGGCGUGCACCUGCACCAUCUCGGGCUCCAGAGAGUGCGAGGUAUGACCAACCAUUAAAAAACGCAUUCUCUGCACCGGGGAGUCAGAGAAUGCAUACACGUAUCCCAGACUGCUGCCGAGGACCUGGAUGGGAGACAUCCCCACAAUUCACUGAAGGGGCCCUUGAGAAAACACACCACUGCCCAUUAUGAUUUGCAGUAGCUCAGAUAAAGCCUUUCCUGGAUUUUGCUUCAACACAAAAGCAGCGGAAUCUGAAAAGAAUUGGGCUGGAUGGGCGGCACACAUCCUCAAAAGCUCAUUUGGGGCCCUUUCAAAAGUGGAGCAAGUGGAUACGGCUUCAAUUUGACACCCCGUCCUCGAGUCAAACCGGUUUGGUAGUCACUUCGACCAACAAUAAACGUCCCCCACAAUGGGGCUGGCAAGCAUGCAAGGCAAAUCCAUCCGUAUUGAACCAGCAAAACGUUUCCCGACGCUGCCAUUGUUUCUGUAUGAUAGCUACCGCCUGCUCUCCCCACCGAACGACUCCCGUCCCGUUCAUCCCUUUGUGUUGUGUAGUGACGUAUUCAUGUUGGAAACAUCUCUCAUGAUCAGUGGACAGUAAUUGCUCAAUUGAGCACAACCCACGAGGACAACAGAACAGAAGAAGUUGUUGACUGCUGUGAAAACAUAAUGAAAAAAGCCUGCUUGUAAGGACUGUACCCUCACCGCGAGUUCCCACUGUGAUUUGAUUUCAACGUGGACUCACCACAAGAGAGUUGAAUUGUGGGUAUGUGUGUGUUGUGGAUGUGCUUUGUUUUCUUUUUCUGUUUGAAUCUGGAAUUUCCAUGGAAUUUUGUUUCGGAGUCGAAAAGUUCACUGACUAUUUUUGUAUGAGCACACAUUUUUGCAUCUGGAUGCCUUCUUGUCACCCAAAAUCUAAGCCACUCAUCAACCCAUCAACAAACUGGACAUUUUCUACAAUUUUUACAAUUAUUUUGUGCUGCAAACUCGGCUGGUUCUGAACAGGGUCGUUGACAAUAAAUAAUUAAAUGCAGCAAACACUAUAAUCAUGCAUAGUCAAGAGAGCAAAAUAAAUGUGUAGGCACAAAUGCAUCAACUAAAUCCAAAAUGGAGAGGGUACAUGAACAAAACUACUGAACAUAUAGAGUAAAUGUGACCUAGGCUUUAUUAAAUACGGGUUCACAGGGUUUGCAUUGACCACGAUGUGUUUUCUAUGAUGAAUUGUUUGUCUGGUGACAGCAUCAUACAUUUUUAGCUUUUGUCAUGGUAAUAAUUUAGUCAGGCCUUAGCAUUUCUUGGGUAUAUUACUACAUUUUAAAGUUUUUACUUUUUGUACGAUAAACAAUUUAGAUAUCACUUCGGGUCACCACUUGAUUUUCAGGCCGGGUCCUGUUGAGAACCACUCAUACAAAUACACACUACGAUGGAAGCUUGUUUCCGCCACUGAAUGAAAAAUAUAAAAGGUAAU